ACACCCUCUCCUCCAACCUCUGUCACCUUUCACCUGCAUUGACCUAUUGCCUUCCCAGCUACCCCCUCCCCAUAUUGAUCUCCGCUCUCCCAUGCCUGAAAGGCUUAUGCCCGAAUCGUCGACUGUCGUGCUCCUCGGAAGCUGCCUGACCUGCUGUACUUUUCCAUCACCACACUUUUUGGCCCAUAUUUUCACAGCUGUCAAGAAACAUCCCAUAGACUAACCGAUUGAUUUUUUAAAAUCGAAAGUAUUUGACACAUUCUCAUCUAUGUGUGGAAGGAGAUGUAAUAUAAACUGAUGAGGGGACAAGUCGUUUCGUCAAAGAACAUGCGAUACGCUGUGUAAUGAAUUUUGUUUUUCAAAUGCAUCAAUCAUACAAUUGCUUCGCACGCCCAGUACGAGCUCCACUCUGGAGGUACGCCACUAUUAAACCUGCGGCGGAGGCGGCUGCUGCUGUUUUGGGGGAGGGGGGGCAUGAGGGGAGCAUAGGUUGACUGGCGGGCAAGCGGCGCUGUUAUUGGCUGCUCUGUGACCCCGCCCCCUGGCCCCGUCAGUGCAGUCACGCGCUUUCCAGGAACCCGUCAGAAAGAUAUCAACAAAACAAACGCGCGUCUCGAUUUGCUGUCCCAUCACAACCUCCGAAGCUGAUCAACCUGACAACACGCCUUUCUAGAGGUUUGCAAAUUAGAAGGAACAUCUGACCAGAAGAAAACUUCAGUGAAGUGAUAGUUGAACCUCUAGUUAACAUUUUUAAAAUCACUUCAACCAUUUAGUAAAACUGGAAACAGCUCGACCAAGACUACAGAAAAUAAAUUGCUUGAAUAAGCCAGAUGUGGGCUUGGCAAUGCCGCAGAUUUCCGUAUGGAUUCUGUGGAUCGACAAAUAUACUCAUCCCGAUGUACUUGAUUUUCACCUGAAAAUCUUUCACUCUUGCUUAAAGAAAACUGUUAAGUGUUCAUGGCCCAGUGUUAGCGGAAUGGAUCCUCCAUUUGGGGAUGCCUUUUGCAACCGUCCAUUUCCAGACCAGGUCUUAACUAGUACCGAUUUGUUGGGGAAUAAUUCAGACCCUGAUUUCAUGUAUGAACUGGACAGAGAGAUGACUUAUACUCACAGCUCGAGAGAUGAUCCUCUUACCUUGGGAGAUUGUAAAGACCUUGAACUUUUAGAACCAUUAAAUGACUUACUGGAUUCCGAUCCUUCCUAUACUUCAAACUGGGAGCAAUGGGACACGUGCUGGGAAGACUUGACAAAAUACACCAAGUUAACUAGCUAUGAUAUUUGGGGAACAAAGGAAGUGGAUUUCCUUGGGCUGGAUGACUUUUCCAGUCCUUAUCAAAACGAAGAUGUCAUAAGCAGGACCCCAACUUUGGCCCAGCUAAACUGUGAAGAUUCACAGCCUGUUUUGGAUUCAUUAUAUCAUCCUGAUCUACUCAAGAGUUUAAAUCAAAAUUCAUUAACCUCUUCUCUGGCUGGUAAAAAACUUGCAGCAAACAGGGCAAUGCCACUAGUGUCAUCUGCCAGAAGUCCUUGUAUAGAUGCUUGCUUGCCAGAGACUACCCAAAAGUUAGCCAAGUCUGUUUCUUCUAGUGCUACUGUGGACAAUGGCAACACAAAUCAGCCCCUGAAUACCAAAAUAGGGCCUGUUCUUUUAGACAACAAAGACUUUGUUAAAAAAGCUAAAGUCUGGAUCAAUCCAGUACCACUUGGUAAAUCAACAUUGGGUGCUACCCAGGUGCACAGUGACUUACCAGAUGAUUCCUGUUGUAGUGAUAGUGGGGCUAAUGUCAGGAAACUGGAGAAAAAGAAUGUAGAAAGUAUUUAUUCCAAUAAAGCACCCACUGUAUUCAAAGAAACUAAUGACCCGAGUACUCGAACUGAAACUAUUGAAAUUUUAUCACCAUCUGUCCCUGAUCACACCCAGAAAAAGGAAGAGCACAAUUAUUCUUUGUUUAUUUCUGAUAGUUUGAAUGAGCAGUCUCCAAGUAUUGAGCAGGAAGCAGAAGAUGAUGAUGAUGAUGAUGAUGAGGACCAUGAUGAAGGAUUUGGUAGUGAGCAUGAAUACAGUGAUAAUGAGGAAGAUGAUGACGAUGAUGAUGAUGAAGAGGAGGAGGAGGAAGACAAGGAUGAUGAUGUCAGUGAUACCUUCUCUGAACCGGGAUUUGAAAAUGACACAGUAGAUGACAUGAAGGAUGCAUUAACAGGUAUCUCCAGAAAAAGGAGCAAAAGAAGAUACUUCUGGGAGUACAGUGAACAGCUGAUGCCACCACCCAAGCAAGAUCGAAUGUUGAAGCCUUCUGAAUGGGAUAGAGAUACUUUGCCCAGUAAUAUGUAUCAGAAAAAUGGUUUACACCAUGGGAAAUAUUUAGUGAAGAAAUCUCGCAGAACAGAUGUAGAAGACUUAACUCCAAAUCCAAGAAAAUUACUUCAGAUUGGGAAUGAACUUAGAAAACUAAACAAGGUGAUUAGUGAUCUAACGCCUGUAAGUGAACUGCCAUUAACUGCCAGACCAAGAUCGAGAAAAGAGAAGAACAAACUUGCAUCCAGGGCUUGUCGCUUAAAGAAAAAGGCUCAGUACGAGGCUAAUAAAGUAAAGCUAUGGGGUCUGAAUACUGAAUAUGAUCAUCUGCUUUAUGUGAUUAACUCAAUAAAACAAGAAAUAGUAAAUAGAGUACAGAGGCAGGGGGAGAAAGGAAGUGGCAGCAUCCUAGAAAAACUUGAAAAUCUCUUAAAUGAAACACUCGGGACAACAGUAGCUGGACAAACAUCUGACUUUGUCAAUCAAGUGUUAGAAAAAACAGGAGAAGGAGACCCAACAGGUGGUCUUGAAGGUCUUCGCGUACCCACAUCAAAAGUGUAACACGAUAUCUUCUGUCAGAAACAACUUCAACCUAUAGUUACAUGUUUGCCAUUUUUGUGAUAAAUGUUUGAUUCAUUAUAGCAAGUGACAUUUUGUUAGUUGUGUUAAACUUGCUUGAAAAGGAGAAGGAAAACUCAUGUUAGAGUUCUAGAAAAGAAAUGCACAAUGAGAUAAGUAUGGUUAUGUGGGCUCAGGUACUAUGAGGUAAAUUUCACUUACCUAUAAAAUGACUAAGGAUUGAUGUGUUCUAAAAUGUUGGUAGGAACUUAUGUUAAGUUUCCAUAGAAAUGUGGAUGUAGUAGUUGAAUCAAGAAAUCAAGAAAAUUAGUUUGUAAUUAUUUUUAAAGUUAACCGCUGUUGCUGAUUUUCUUCCAUUAGUAACAUUAUAUAUUUCUUUUGUAUAUACUAUAUAUUCUUGUAUUAUUAAGUAUGAGUUAAAUAGUUCAUAUAGUAAAUUACAUGGCCUUUUCCAGACAUUGUGUGAGUAUUUAAGUUUGAGAAAGGAGUAAUAUUCUCUGUGCCUUGUAUUUAAAUGAAAGUAAAGAUGUAAGGUGAAAUGGAUGUACAGUGGGUAAAUUUUAUGGAUUUAAAAAAGUAUUUGUUUAUUUUCACUCUUUGGCUGUUUAAACCAUUUUGAAUGUAAAUAGGAAUAUUUCAGCAAUGUAGAUAUAUGCCACAGAGUCUGUAUUGUAUAAAGAUGGUUAUUGAAACAUGAGUUUCGGUACUUUUCAGAAAUAUUUGCACACUAUUUUGUACCAAAGACAAAUGCAACUAUAUGGCAUAAUGCCAGUGAAGUAAGGUUUUGCACAGCUAACACUGAUACAGAAUUGAAUGUAAUCAGGGUUGGGGUUAGGGUUUUACUAGAACUGUGAAAUAGGUUGUGUGGGUCCAAAUAGCCACAGAAAGAGGAUGCAAAUACACUUUAUCUGAUUUUUAUCCUAUAAGCUAUUGUUAAGCUUCUAGGAAAUCAAAUAGUAAGAGUUUAUGGACUCUUGUCUUCUGCAGAUAUAGAUGCAUAGCAAAAGAAUGUAAUUUAUUUGUAGUUGUGUGUUAACAUUUCAGUGUAAUAUAGUGGCUUGUAAUUGUUACAUUAAAAAAGAUAAAUGCAUGUAUGUGGUACACUCUUGAAGGCAAAUAACUAAAAUUUGAUUUUAACAAUUUGUACAAUUGUAUAAAUGUAUAUUGCCUCCCAAUUCUGAAAUUCCUAAGUUGCCACUUUUUCCAUUUAAUGCAGUAAUGUGCAUGUCAAAUUUCUAAAUGUUUCUCGAUAGGAUGUAAAAAGUACUUCUAAAGCUAUAUAUUUUUGUAUUCUCAAUUAAGUAACCAAAAUAGUUAUUGUAAAAGCUAAAUAUCUGAAUUCUGUUGAUCCUAUUUGUUCAAUUGGUGUAGCUUUUCAAUUAGGACAGUAUAAAUAGACCAACAUGAGUUUUUAGCUUUUAUUUUCAUAUUCAUUAGUAGUAACUGGAUUGAAAAGUUGUGUCACUUUGGUUAGGUUAUGGAUCUAAAAGUUACUUCACAUAUUAAUGAGUUCAGUCAUCGUGAAGUGCUGAUAUCUGAGUGGUAUUGUUGGACGUCAGAGCUUAAUGUUAACAUCCAUCCUACUGGCAGCUGUAGAAGUGCAGUUAAUCUUAUUUUUGUGUUUCUUUGUAAAUAAAAAAAUGCUUGUUAAUUGAUAACACUUUAUUUUAUGAAUAUUAGAAUUGCACUUUGUCACCAUUGCAUUUGUACUCCUGCCAUUUGCUGCUACUCCUGACCUGUAAGAAUGCUACAGUGAUACUUGAUUUAUACCUGCUAGUAAAAUGUAUAGUUACUCUUGGGUAACAAAAUGAAAGCAAGCUGUGCAGCUUUACAUUUUACCAGGGGACUCUGUGGCAUUAAAUAGUCUAGAGAUGGUCGUACUUUGAUGCCAGUAAUAUCUUGCUUCCUUUUUCAUAAAUAUUUUAAUCUAUGCUAAUAUAUAAAAUAACCUUUAAAAAGAGAGAUGUAUAAUGUUCUGUUUGGAAUUUUGACAGACUGAGCAUGUUAAGUAUUCUUGGAAUGAUUGAUUUAUUCUUGUCAUACAUUCUGAAACAACAGAUCUGUAAAACUCUCCAGUUAGAAAUAUAGCACUGAAAAGCUAUAUUUAUAAAUUUGAAUAUGUCUAGUUCUAUUUUCAGAUUCAUAAUGUUUUUUUUCUGGCAUAAUUGCAAUAAUUUUUACAAUGCAGGUCUCACGUGGAUCCUGCCAUUUUUCCCACCACCAGUUUGGAUAUUCAAAGGGAUGACUUUUUUAAAAUCAAGAUUUAGUUUUGGAUACUGAAAGAAAUAUAGCUCUCAAAAUCAGAUUUUAAAAUGUAUGGUAAAAUGCUGUGUAUUCUGAGUAAAAUUGAUCCAUUCAGAAAGUACAAACCCAGCAACAAAAUGCAUGCAAGUUCAAGAAGUGACUCAAUGUUUAUGCCUUAAUAAGAUGGAUUUUCAAAUAUAAACUGAUGCCACAUACCAUUUUAGACAAACCUGUUGAAAAUUCAAUAUUGUUGGGAACUACUGAUGGAUAGGUGAGGUGCUACAGCAGAUUAAAACAGGACAAGUUAAAACUUUACAAUAAUUAUCAGUAUCACUCCGCUUUAUGACUGGUGCAUUUUUUAGUUAGAUGCAGAUAAUCCAAAUGAUCAGUACUCUGGAGGUAUAUUCUACAUAUAAUAUUUAUUGUGACUACAACCAAGAUGAUUUGUGUGUGAUGCUUUCCAGUAUUUCAUAAUUGAAUGAUAGAUUUUGUUGUGAAGAAUAACAUUCCAGUUAUUAACCAACUUACUCAGAUUUUAGCACCUUUCCUGUGUAAUGUAAAUUUAACAAGCCUAUAAACAUCCAUAGGAAAUGGCAAAUACUUAGAAUGAGUGCCUGAUUUAUAUGAAAAUAAAAGUGUAAUAAAUGGCAAAUGUUUCAUUUUCACAAGUGUCUGAGUAAUUAAUUGUACCACUUCGCACUAGCUCAGUUCAAAUUCUAGUUUUAAUUCUGAAAGAAACUUUGUUAACAGAUCUCUCAGAAAAAUGUAUUGCUGUCCUUAUUGUCCACAAAUCACCUUUUUUGACAUUUUAGGGAAAUCUGACUUAAAUUCUCAUUGCAUUUUUGCCAGUUAUGUACAUAUGUUAAUUUUUAUGAAUACACAUUGUGCUAUUAAAAGGUUAAACAUUGUUUUCCACUUAGUUGUAAAUUAAAACUUUACCAUGAACUCAACACUUAAGCUCACAUUUAAAGUUGACAGGUCUGUUGUUUCCAAUAUAAAUCUACUUGUACUCUUUUUAUAAAAUUGUGUUUGAGACACAAUAUAUAUUUAAUGGUGGCACUAACAGUGGUAUUGCUAUUCAUUUGAAAUCCUGACCAUCUAUGCAGUUGUCUUCCUUCAUGUAAUUAUGUGAAAUAAGUCUUCACUUUACAAGAAAUUUUGAACUUCUGUCUGCUUUUUUUAAUUUGUACUACAAUCAAUCCUGACUUAAGAUUAAAUCUUAUGAACUGUUGGCUAUUUCACUAGAACAAUGUCAUUUAAUUUUAUUCCUACUUUUAGUCAUUCCAUCUCUACACCACAACUAUCUGAUACCUUUCCAAGAGAUUGGAUAAAGGUGGUUGUAGAUAGCAUAGUUGUUAAUACCCAGAGAAUCAUUUCAUGAAAGUUUAUCGAAUGUAUAAUUUCUUUUACAUGUAUUGAAUGAUCCUGGAUCUUUAUUCAUUUUGUGCAGUCAUUUAUGGGACCCAAUUAGCUUAAAAAUGUAUCUAUUAGGUAAAUCUUCAUCACUUCUUUUUGUGUAAUGAAGAAAGCAAGACUCAGUGAAAAAUUAUUUGUAAAGUGGUUAUUACCUUUUAAAGAAAGUAAUUUUAAUUGGAUAUUUGGACAUGUUUGGCUGUUUACUCCAGUUGUAUCCCCUAGUAAUACUCUUUUGUGUGUCUGUAUUGCUAUUUAGAAUUUGCAUCAACUUCAAUAAUGUCAUAAACUAUAAAAUGUAGAUAAGUAUUUUUCCAUUUUGGAGAUCAUUUCCUACUUGUGCUUUAAGUGUGUUUGGCACCAACAGUAUGCUCAAGGAAGUUAUGAAGGUAGUCAUCUUACCCAGCAACUUUACAUCAAGUUGAAAUACAAGCAUAUUUAUCUUAUUCCUGAUUUGGAGAUGCCAGUGUUGGAUUGGGGUGUACAAAGUUAAAAAGUACACAACACCAGGUUA